CAGAGACCGCUUCUGCUCCCCGUGCGCCGCUCCUCGGGUUCUCUUCUUCGCCGCCUCGCUCUCGCCCUGUUUGCCUGCGUUGCGCCUCGGCAGUGGACCUAAUGACGGCGGGCGCGGCAGGCGGCUGCUGACGGCAGAGCCCGGGGCGGCGAAGGUGGUGUCGGCAGCUGCCGGCCAUGAAGCCCGGGGCGGGGGAGGCGGGCGCUGCGACGGAUCCGGCCGAGGCAGCGACGUAUCAUGCCGGAGCGACGACGGAUCCGGCCGGGGAGGCUGCGGAUCCGGUCGGAGCGGCAGUGGAUCUGGGAGGUAGCGGUGGUUCCUGGCGGCGACGACCUCGGCCGGAGCUUCCUCACGACAGCGAUCGCGGGCAAAGGUUCCUGUCGGCGACGAGGCCCGGGCCGGCGGUUCCAGGCGGGCCGGCGAUGGAUGUGGGAGCUAGCGGGCAUCGCCUUCCUCUCCGCCUCGCUCCCGCCCUGUCCGGCCGCGGUACGCAUCCUCCGGUCCGCCUCUCCGCGCUUGGAGGGGCUGCUGCACCGGCAGGCGCUGGCCAUGGCCAUCCACCAGCACCUCGACGCCGAGGGCUCCAUGUCGCGCCGCAUCGACGCGGGCGGCUCCAUGUCCCGCCGCAUCGGCCCCGGCUCCACCAGCUCCCGCUGCCGCGACGACCUCCCGGACUCCGUCACGAAUGGCAAGGCAGUGAACAUCGAUCUUUGCAAUAGCUUCUCAGUUGACCAUUACCCUUUCGGACUUCGGGGUCCACAACAAAAUCUGCUUCUGCUAAGCGGGAUUCUAAGCAAGACAAUAGCGAGAUAAAAUUAAUUGAUGAUGGAAGAACAGCAUAGCAUUUACUUAAGUGGAUAAAUAAUCGGAUUAAAUGUUUGUUGCGACUCUUUUCGCAGCAAGUUUAGCUGAUCCGGUCAGGCCGGCGAUGGAUGUGGGAGCUAGCGGAGGUUCCUGGCAGCAACGACCUCGGCUGGACCUUCCUCGUGGCUGUCAAGCGUGAACCAUUGAGCGGGUUUCAUUCAGCAGCUUUACCAGAUAAGCUUCAUAUAACUUAUGAAUAUUUACAGUGGCAGAGUUUUGCUAUCAAGAAUCAAACAACAGUUAUGUUCUUCAUUAUGGGCAUCCUGCUGCACCAAAUGAACGGGCCAUCAUUACUAGCUAGCAGGAAAAUACUCCAACUUAGAUUCAUUGUUUUACAGACCCUGGAUGAUGGAGACAUGGCACUAAUGGACAUGGGAGGUGAAUACAAUUACUAUGGAUCUGAUAUAACAUGCUCAUACCCUACCCUGGAUGAUGGAGACAUGGCACUAAUGGACAUGGGAGGUGAAUACAAUUACUAUGGAUCUGAUAUAACAUGCUCAUACCCUUCUAUAUAUUUUCAGAUAAAUGGGAAAUUCAACAGCAACCAGGCAAAAAUAAAAUAUUUUAUCAUAUUUUAUUUUUAUGAAGACGAUAAGAUAUGUUUUGAUAGGAAAAAUAUGCUUGCAGUCCUACAUUACCCAUACCACUCAAAUGUGUCAUUUUAAACCAUGGAUUAUAAAUCUUUCAAACAGUUCUUCCGGAUUAUCCAUCACCUUCCAUUCAUGUCGUCCAUUCUUUUUCUUGGUGUUCCAUUAAUCUGACUUUCUAAUAGGUUAGCACCCUCAUCUUUUCACUUCGUUAUACUUGUAAGCCCAACUUUCAGUUUCCAACCUUAAAUUUGGAGUUAAUUCGGGUUUUUUUCAUCGUAUUUUAUUUUUUAGCAUUUGCUUUUGGGUCACUAAAAACACAUAUAAAAUUUCUAUUCAUAAAUUACCUUUUGUUUUCAAAUAUCUUGUCCAAACGAUGAGGGCCUAAGAUGGUUGCGUCAGAGCAUUGUGCAGUAGCUUUCUUCUUAUUGCUGCCUCAUCUCUUCCUGUUCUCGGAGCUUCACAUCUCUUACACGCCACCAAUCC